UUGGUUGUCCCGAGGUGAAACAGGAAGGAGGAAGUGGUUUGUUUUGUCAUGUAGCAUUUUGCUUUCGUUCUUAAGCUGUUAAAAUGCAGCCCCAUCAGGUGGUUAUGAUGGGCACGGCCUCACCCCCCAACGUCUCAUACGGUCAGCCGGGAUUUGGACACGCACAGGUGUCUCCAUACCCGCCCCCACCUCCCGGGCCUGGCUACUACCCCUCGGGCCAAUACUAUUCUCAGCCGUCAUCUCCGGGGUACCAGUACCCGCCCCCACCCCCGGGGCCUGGACAAUACUACCAGUCCCCACCAGUCUACAUGUCACCACAGCCAGCCACUGUGGUCUAUGCCCAGCCCAUGCAGCAGACGUACGCCACCCAGCCCAUGCAGCAGACGUAUGUUACCGCCCAGCCCAUGUACGGUCAGGUCAUGGCUUCUCCUAUGCAACAAAUUGUGUGGAUGCCGCCUAUUGGUCCUAUCGAGAAUUGUCCGAGAGGACUUGAGUAUUUGACGAAAAUUGACCAACUCAUCAUUAAACAGGAGGCAGAAAUUUUAGAAGCUGUCCUCGGCAUCGAAACCAGCAACAAGUACCGCAUAUUCAACAGUCUCUACCAGCAAUGUUACUAUGCCUUUGAAAGCUCGAACUUCUGCUCAAAGCAGUGCUGUUCUGAAAAUCGUGGCUUCACCAUGUACAUUCAAAAUAACCUUAAUGAGGUUGUGUUUACAAUAGAUAGACCAUUCAAUUGCUGUAAAGAUAAUAUUAAUGUUAUUGCAAAAGAUGGAACACUUUUAGGAAAAGUACACCGGAAGUACAAUUUUUGCUGCUGUAGCCCACAGUUUCUAAUCUAUGAUCAUAAUUCGAAUCCCUGUUAUAAAAUCAAAGGACCUUGCUGUAAAUGCACUCUAUGUGACCGACAAAUAGAGUUUCCGAUUCACAAGCUUGGUUCUGACAUCAUUAUUGGCAGUAUCUCUAAGAAAUGGUCCGGGAUGGUUAAAGAAAUGUUCACUGAUGCAGAUACCUUCGGCGUUACCUUUCCCAUUGAGCUUGACGCUCGAAUGAAAGCCACUAUAAUCGGAGCCGUCUUUCUUAUCGAUUUUAUGUACUUUGAAAGCGGUUGAAGGUGAAAAAUUCAAAUAGCUGCAUCACCGGAUGGGCUGAUCAAUCACUCUAUCAAAACUACCACCAACCUUUAGCUAAGGUGUUUUUGUAUCGCAAAGACUAGGACAAUGUAGGGCUUUAGUGAAUGAAGAUCUGCGGGGUGCUAAAUGGGCCAGGGGUUCUCAAAUGUUUGCUUUCACCUAACCAUUGACUACACAUCUCAUUUAUAAAUUAGUUCACUCUCCUUAGCUUCUGCAGCUAUUUGAUCAACAGUGUUUUUUGUUUGUUGAGAUUUAUGAUGUGGUUAGGAAAGCUCAAAUAGAUACAGAGAUUUUAUAAAUAUAUUAUAUACAAUGUAUAUAUACACAAUUCAAAUAUAUACAAUUGUAAAUAAUAUAUACUUAUACAUAUACAAUAUAUCCAUUUAAAUAUAUACAUA